UACUGUACUGUAUGUGACUCAGGGCCCAUGUGGCAGUUGUCAUAGGUUGCUGUAUUAAGGUUUUAUUUGGAGACUGGACUAUCCAUUCCUCAUCAGUUCUACAUUGAUUAAGGAAAAUGGUUUAGUACUUAUGAGGGGCCUCUCACCCAACACACACAAAACCACCAGCAUUGAUUAUUUUAAAUAUGUAAAAUCAUUGCCAAAGGCAAAUAAUUUCUGUGUGUUAUUGCUAAUGAUAAUAAUCAAUCCUAAAACAGAAUUAUGUAUUUUUACAACAAAUAUAAGAUAAUGCUUCUGUCUUAUCAUCCAAGGAGUGUACCUGCUGAGUAAAGAUAGUGAUGAGUAUGUGACUGCAGGUUGAUGAGCCCCGUGGUGACCUGCUCUUGGCACCUAGGUGGGCCCUGCAACCUGCUUCUGCAACACAACCCUCCUGGAGGCUCACGUGUUGCAGCAACUGGAGCAACUUGGCCUUGAACCAACCCCUACUGAACACACAGUUACACAGCUCAGCCAGUAGUGUCAAAGCUGCUGCCUGCAGAGUUUGUGUGUAAAGACAAGUCAUAACGACGAAAGGAAUUCUCAGGACUUGAGCACAAAGUUCAUAAAACAGUUUGGCUUUGGUAGCCACGACUGGAAGAUCCAGACCUUGGGUGGAGCCGAACACAUCAACAGCAUCCAUGUCGCAGCCUGUGAUUCCACGAUGCAUCGGUCAGAAGGCAGCACCAAAACUGAGGCUGGAGCCCCUAGAAAUAUUACCAGGGCAAGGGAACCCGACUCUAAAGCAGAUUGGGGAUCCCUCAUACUCCAGGACUGUUGCUGGAACCUUGACCGCAAGCAAGCCAAAACUGCUGCUGAAGCUGAGUGGAAUUGGAGAAGACAAUCAUUCUAUGGCCGCGGCGAACACUUAUACCACCGUUCCCUCGUGUGAGCUCAACACACCUGACAUAAAGUUUGAUGAGAUUUUGGAUGGCAAAACCAUUUACAGUUUCAGUAGCUGUAACAUGGAAGUGAAUUGUGAGCCAGCACAUGGUUGCCCCACCACACUGGAGGACGAUUCCAAGUCAAUGGUGUUGUUUGACCUCAGUCCACUCCCGUCAGUCACCUCACCCCAGUGUGACCAGGAAGAUCAACAAGACAUCUGUAGGGAGGAACAGAUAAUGAAGCCACAAGACUGUAUUGAUGUUGCCUCUGAUUUGAGUACCUUGAUGCCCUCCACCACCAACACACUACUCUGCCAUCCCCAUCCACCACUAUCUCCUUCAGACUUCCUCAAUAGCCAUGAACGAUCAUCAUUUACACAAGACUCGGGCACAGUGAAUCUCUCUGCUCCAUUUCUCUCAGAUGCUCUUCCACCCCAGGACUUGGAGAAUAAUUUAGAAAUUUCCCCAGAAAUAAUGGAGCACAUCAAUAAAAUCCUCCCACACAGCCUGGACAUUGAUGAGUUAAAUGCCAAUACCACAUAUCUGGACAUGUUCCUUGGAAACAGUGAUGAUCUCCUCAACAGUGCCAUGCAAGAGUCAGGCCUACUAGACACUGAGAUGAAUAAUGGACUUGGAAGGCCGUGUGAGGGUGAUGCGAGUGCUCUACCUCAACUGCCAACUGAGGGAGCUAAGAGUGUCUACCAAGGUCAUGACACCCCAGUCAACCAGAAUUCACUUUCCAUUGAGUCAUUCUUGAAUACGUCACAUGUCACGGCUCUCUCACAGACAGUUGGGACGGAAUCUGUGUGGCCUUUACAGGAACCUCAGAUAUCCUCACCGUCAGUUGGAGAGUUCGAGGGUUUGUUGGCGCCAUCCCCUUGUGUGGAGUCUCUCGUGUUGCCUUCUACUCCGUUAUCUAGUGGUGCAGCAGGAGUGGCACACUCUAAUAUUAGUACAGUCAGAGUAACCCGACAGAGGAGGAGCUCCAAGAGGCCCGCCAGGUUCAGGGAUACUGUGCCUCUCGAUGAUUGCUUAACCACAGAUCUGCUGGGCUUAGACUUAACGCAAGAGUCACUUGAACCAUUGGCAUCAACGUCUGGGUACACCACCUCACCCAGGAAGAGAAAAAAGUCUGAGGCACUUGAGGAACCAUUGGCCUCAACAUCUGGGUACACCACCUCUCCCAAGAGGACCAGACAGUCCAAUACGUGUCUGUCGGAAGAAGAAAAGUACCGUAGAAUUCGCGUGUUGAACAACGAGGCAUCGAAAAAAUGCAGGCAGAAGAGGAAGGAAAGUAUGAAGGAUAUGGAAGGAACUGUGGUACUCCUUGAGGAGAAAAACAAGAAGCUGAAGGCGAAGGAAGCUGCCCUUACCAGACUGCGGGACAGAUUUCAGUCCCUCGUUCAUGAAACGUUUACGAAAAGAUUGAAAUCAAAUCUGCAAAAUAUUAAAGAUUGAGCUCAAAGUAUAUUAAAGAUUGAACUCUAAUGUACUACAAGAUUGAGGCUUUUGACUUGCUGGACUUGUUCAAAUUAAAAUUGCCCGAAUAAGAAUUUUAAGUCUAGAAAGUCAGUCUCCUAGCCAAUGUAAACAGUUGACAUGUACUGUAUAACAAUUUGGAAGUACUGUACUAUAGUAUAAUUCAACAUCAGAGCAAAAUUAAGUUGUGGUUUGUAGUUACAAUCACUGCAUGGUGUGGUGUGAUUAAUUACCUGUUGUACAAUGACCACUGUACAAUAAUAAUGCACAGGAUGGUGUACAGUACCUACAAAGUAAUGUUUUUAUAAUAUUUAUAUUUUAACCGUUUACUGGAGAAGGUUUGAGAAUAUUUAUAUAUUGGCAUAAUUUUAGAUGAAAUAAAUAUUUGUUGAAAA